AUGGUGAAUGAGGUUUCUGCAUCGUUAUCGCCCGACCGAUCGGAGCCCAAUCCGACGAUUCACGCCGUGCCCUUUGAAAAUACCGUCGACGCCCCUCUUGCAAUCCGGUCGGUCUCAUUGCCCACAGCCGAUGCGCCAAUAGCCUCCAAUGGCCGAUCCUUAAGCACAAGCGCUGCAUCAGCUAGUUCCAGUGAUGACCAUGCAUCCGCGCCUAUGUUCCCGCGGCUCGCGCCAUCGGUGUCCGUUGGGGAAGAAACCCGAACGAUUCGGUCGGAGGGCCCGCCCUCCCUACGCAGCGUGCCGAGCAUUGUUGUGAAUGAACCAGGCUCCCGUCCCAGCUCCCGACCGGGCUCAAGGCCGGGCUCUCGAUGGUCAGAAAGAAAGUGGGGUGGUUUAAAGAAACGGUCCCUCGACAUGGAGAGAAAAUGUAGCUCGGAGGAGCCUCCGCCAGUGCCUCAAAUCGAGCGCCCCUUUACUGGUAUUCCCUUAGAUAUACCGACGGCCUCUUUGGAUGGUCUAGAUAAGCCGAUGAUGUUCUCCAAUCGCGGAAGUCUUAUCAAAUGUCAGGCGAAACGUCCGCACCCAAAGCCACCUCAGGAGAAGUUGGACGAGCACCCCGAGCAACAACCAGACCCGCCCCACCAAAAUCUAGAACCGGAGGAAGCUUGCCAAGAGCUAGGCCAGCCAGCCCAGGAAAUAUCGGAAGAGGACUGUGAUCAAGAUUUGGACCGACAGGCAUCUAAAGUUGCGUUGCCCCCUGCCAUUAUCAUGAGCCGCCCCGAAGGAGAAAAUGGAACCCCGAAAGCGAUUCCACGGCGCGUCAAACGUCAGGGCACUCUUCGCCCGAGACAGACUAGUCUUCCGAGCAGAGCAAUCUCGGCAGACGAAGAUAUGUUGUCUCGACGAGUUCGACUGAUGUACGAGAAGGGCGAAGACAAUGUUACCGACUCCGAGGUCGCGAAAGCAAUGGCCUCAGAACACGGGGUCUUAUGGGAAGAGGGUGCGGUCCCGGAUACUGAAACCCCUGAAACACUCGCUGCUCACACGAAUGAGACUGGAAACCAAACCAAACCAAGGGCGUCUGUCGAAGUGGAGCGUAUUCGAAUUAAGAGGGAAACUCAGGAGCUAGCUGGUGGCGCUGAAUAUUGGCAAAAUGUCGGUGCAGAAGAAGUCGAUCGUUAUGGCUUCAUUCGACCUGCAAAGAACUCCAAUGGUUCCGAUAUUAACCCGCUUCAACGAGUGACGACUAGCCUUCUACUAGCUUCUGAGACGCCUCGGCGGAAACGUUCAAUUCGCCCACCAACCGCUCCGGCCAGCAACCGUUCCUUCAAUGGCCCGUCUCUAGUCCGCAAAAUAUCCCAAAGUUCCCUGAACGCGCGUCCAUCUUCAUCACAAAGCAACUAUGGUCCUCCACUGCGCCGCUCGACAUCUCGUUUGCGUACGGCGACCAAUCAUCUGCCUCACAACCGAGAUCGAAAAACCAAAGAUGAGGCAGCCGACAUGCUCACUCUGCCCACUCAAUCUUGUGGCGAGACAGAAGAUGCACCAGUUACUCGUGCAAUGCGAAGGAAGGAGUGGCAACGUGAAGACAAGUGGACCAAGAUGGCUAAGCCGACCAAGAAGACCAAGGACGGCGGCGGUAUGACCUUUGAGUUCGAUACUCAGAGCUCGAAGUUGAUUGAGCGGACUUGGAAAGGUAUUCCAGAUCGGUGGCGGUCAACGGCCUGGUACUCAUUCCUUGAAGCAAGUGCCCGGCGCCACAAGGGCAGCCCGCCUGCGGACGAGCUCAUCGAAGCCUUCAAUGAGCUCCAGUUCAUCUCGUCACCGGACGACGUCCAGAUUGAUAUCGAUGUACCACGAACUAUCUCCAGCCAUAUCAUGUUUCGGAGGCGUUAUCGGGGUGGCCAAAGGCUGUUGUUCCGUGUCCUUCACGCCAUGUCACUAUAUUUUCCUGAGACGGGCUACGUACAGGGAAUGGCAACUCUCGCGGCUACGUUACUAGCGUAUUACGAUGAGGAACACGCUUUUAUCAUGCUCGUCAGGUUGUGGCAGCUGCGAGGUCUGGAAGAGCUGUACAAGUCCGGCUUUGCUGGUCUAAUGGAGGCCUUGGCCGACUUUGAACGAGAAUGGCUCGCCGGAGGUGAAGUGGCCACGAAACUGAACGAGGUCGGAAUCCCACCCACAGCCUACGGCACUCGCUGGUACCUCACUCUCUUUAAUUACUCGAUCCCCUUCCCGGCUCAACUUCGGGUGUGGGAUGUCUUCAUGCUCCUUGGAGAUGCCGAAGACCACACUGCCCGUCCCACAACCUCUGGAGGGAAGAACAAAAUCCCCCCUGCUGAGAACCCAAGGACAUUUGGCCAAGGUCUUGACGUCUUGCAUGCUUCAUCUGCUGCCCUUAUUGAUGGCAUGCGUGAAAUCAUUCUCGAGUCCGACUUUGAGAAUAUCAUGAAAGUCCUCACCAGCUGGGUCCCUAUCAAAGACACCGAAAUGUUCAUGCGUGUCGCUAAAGCGGAAUGGAAAGUCCAUCGUCGCAGGAAAGCUCCUUAA